AUGACACAAUGUAAGCCUAUCAAUACACCAAUGCCCAGUGGACACAAAUUAUCAACACAGAAUGGUGAACCACUACCUGAAGCACAUGAGUAUCGGCAAAUAGUUGGGGCACUUCAGUACCUCACAAUGACCCGUCCAGACUUAACUUAUGCUGUGAAUCAGGUCUGUCAAUACAUGCACAAGCCAACAACUGAUCACUUAGCUGCUGUGAAACGUAUCCUAAGGUAUGUUAAAGGAACAGUCGGAGCUGGAACAACUAUCAAACCGAGUUCUCUCAACCUACUAGGUGCAUACACUGAUGCAGACUGGGCAGGCUGCCCAGACACUCGACGGUCAACGUCUGGAUUCUGCACCUUUUUGGGGAGUAAUCUUUUGUCAUGGGGUUCCAAAAAGCAACCCACUGUCUCCCGCUCCAGUACUGAAGCAGAGUACAAAGCAUUAGCAUUCACCGUCUCUGAAUUACUUUGGUUGUCUUAUGUUUUCAGAGAUCUGCACUUGGACAUUACUCUACCUCUAAUUGUAUGUUGUGACAACAUUUCAGCAACACAAAUGUCAGCCAACCCAAUUCUACAUGCUCGUACAAAGCAUAUAGAGCUUGACUAUCAUUUUGUGCGAGAUCUUGUCAUCAACAAACAAGUACAAGUUCGCUUUGUUCGCUCCACUGAACAAAUGGCAGAUAUCUUCACAAAGGGUUUACCAACACCUCUCUUUCAGCAACAUACAACCAAACUCCUUUGGCUACCGCCCAAGGGUUUGUGGGGGGAUGAAAGACCAAGUCAAACACAGGUGAACGUUGGCUCUCCUAAUCUCCAGCAGUCUCUCACAGUUGGAGAUAAGAAUCCAUCUCCUACAAUCUCUCAACUAGAGAUAAGAUAA